AAGUCUUUUGAGUCCAAAUUCAAACUUGGCAAUUGUAGCCAUUUACACAUUUUUGUAAAUUUAACAUGUUGUACUACUAUAAAUACCACUAGAUUAACUAAAACAUAACAUAAAACAAGUUCAUAAUAACAUUCUUUCACGAAUCAUUGUUUACUAAAAAUUCUGCGUGUACUCUGUUAGUAUCAAUCACCACCGUUAGGACGAUAUGAAGGGGACAAUUUCAGAUGAGAUAGAAGUGAAUGUGCCUGCAAAUGUAGCAUGGGAGCUCUAUGGAACAUUACAUUUGUCUAGAUUCAUUGUGCAAGAGUUGCCUACUCUUCUUAAUAAAGUUGAUGUGAUUGAAGGUGAUGGUAGUACUGGAACUGUCCUCAAAAUCACUUUUCCUGAAGGUACACCAGGAAUACCUUAUUUCAAGGAGAGAUUCAACAUAGUAGACAAUGAAAAAAGAUACAAGCAAUCUCAAGUGAUUGAAGGUGGAUAUGUUGAUCUUGGCUUUACUUUUUAUGGAAUUAGAUUUGAAGUGAAUGAGAAAGAUGAAAAUUCAUGCAUCACAAAAUUUACAGUAAAUUAUGAAGUUGAAGAUGUGAAACUUGCAAGUCAUGCAUUCACUAUGUUUGAGCCAUUGCAAACUGUCAUCAGAUCAGCCAAGGCUUAUUUAACAAACAAGACACAUAUAUGAUUGAGUCUCUUAUCAAGCUAAGUCAUAGCAUCUAAUUCAUUAAGAUGACCAAAUUUCUAUUUUUAUUUCUAUCAAAUUCAACUUUACUUGUAAUAUUACACUGAGUAUGUUGUUGUUGUAGUAUCAUAUCGAACAACAUUUCACACAUAAUAAUUAAUUAUGUGAUGCAAAAAUAAUAAUAUGCAAAAUCUAAUA